UAUUAUGCACGAGACAAAACGACAAGGUAACUUUAGUCAGAGAGAAGAAAGAAACUGACCGGCGCUUCUUCUUCAUUUCAUGGUCCUACGCAGCCUUUUCCCCUUUUCUCUCUCUGAGACCACCACCACCACGAGGAUCAUCUUCUUUUUCUUCUUCUUCUUCAUCAUCAUCCUUUUCUUCUCAAUUAACUAAAUUAUUGUUAUUUCUUUAGUUCCCAAUCCCUUUUCGCCUUUCUCUCAGCGUUUCCUCCAUUUGAUGCUAUCCGUUUCUUUUUUUCCCUUCUAAUUGCUUUGUGUGUAGGUACCAGCUGCUGUCACUGAUAUCUUGCAGUGAAGUUUAGUUAUGGCCAAGAAGGAAGAAGGAAGUAGUAGUCCGAGCUGGGGAGCUUCUUUUUUCAUGCCAACUUCAGAAGAUGUUGCCACCGCUUUUGCUGCUGCUGCCUCUGCCAUAAACCCGCCAAGGCCUUCCGUUGUCUUUUCAUCCAAAGAUGAAGGCGGCGAUAGCCCUCUGGAGAGACUACAGAGGCAGGUCUCCAAAGCAGUUAGAAACUUCUAUGAAACCCCUAAAACGAAGAGUACGGUGUAUAACCCCGAGGUUUUGACCAGCCAGAAGCGUCAGUGGGCGAAAUAUCAGGUCCAAUAUUUGGAUCAUAGACCAUUAAAGGAUCCCUCAAGGCUUUUUGAAAGUGUUGUUGUGGUUGGACUUCAUCCUAAUUGUGAUAUUCAAGCACUUGAACGCCAGUACAUUGCACGUAAAUCCGAAGGCUCUACCGGGAGAUUGCGAAGUGCACUUCAAGUCUCUCAAAAUCAUUCCCGUGUAGAACCCUCUCUCGAACCUCAGGUCUUACUUGUGUACCCUCCGGACAAGGAACCUCCAAUUAAAUACAAGGAUCUUCAUUCGUUUUGCUUCCCUGGAGGCAUUGAGGUCCAUGCUGUUGAGAGAACCCCUUCCAUGAGCGAGUUGAAUGAGAUCAUUCUCAGUCAGGAACAUCUUAGACCUAGUGACCUUUCAUUUGUAUUUAGGUUACAGGUUGCUGAUAAUUCCACUCUCUAUGGAUGUUGCAUACUAGUGGAAGAAAUAGUGAACAAACCGUCCAGAUUGCUUUCCACGGUUUUGGACAAACAACCUGCUUGCUCAUCACUAAGUCGCUAUGUUAUGACAACUCGCAGAUGCUAUUGCAUCCUUACCAGGCUGCCAUUUUUUGAAUUGCAUUUCGGUGUAUUAAAUAGCAUCUUCUUGGAAGAAAGACUGGAGCAUUUGAUGAGUGGCAUUAGUUGUGCAUCUUUAGAACCCCCAACAGAAGAAAUCUUAAACGACUCAACACUCAAACAAAGAAACUCUGGUGACACAAAAAAACAAUCUGGUGAAGCAGUUUCAGAACUCCCUGAAACUGAAGUAAUUUCAGAUAAUGAGACCUGUGAUGAGACUCAGAAACUUGAGAGGAUUGGGAUGUAUUUUCCCGAAUCUAACAACCGUGUGGUCGAAACUGAUGAUUCCUCGCCAAUUAUCAAUCAAGACGGAGAAAGCUGCAUACCAAAUCCAGAGCCUCUUCUUCGAUGCCCUUAUUUGGAUGAAGUCUCUGAUUCUAGCUCUAGCUUUCAGGCUGCGCCUUGCGAGAGGAGGCAUUUUAGGACCAAUGCCGAUGACACGGAGACAAAUGAAGAAGCAUCCUUUUCUGGUCAAGAAGAUGGAAGCAGUAAUCUUGAUAUCCUUGAGUGGGCAAAGUCCAAAAAGAAUGGGUCGUUGCAGAUACUAAGUGAGUAUUACCAAUCAGAAUGCCCGGAAAGAGGUUCAACUAUUACAUUUCAUCCUUUGGAGCAUCUUCAUCCAGUCAAAUAUCAUAGACCUGAUGAAGCAGCGUUGCAUACUCCCGGAUCAGCAAUUGACCUAAGAUCAUGCAGCACUAGUCUAGAAUUCGCAGAGGCACACACUGCGCUCAUGGCUGAGGAAGAAGCAGCUGCACUAUCAACAUGGGCUGUCGCUUCUCUAUGUGGAUCACUGCGGCUUGACAACGUUUUGAUGAUUUUAGCAGGAGCACUGCUUGAGAAACAGAUUGUAUUCAUUUGCUCCAACUUGGGAAUCUUAGCUGCAUCAGUUCUAUCUAUUGUCCCUAUAAUCCGUCCUUUUCGGUGGCAGAGCCUUUUAAUGCCGGUUUUGCCAGAUGAUAUGCUGGAGUUUUUGGAUGCCCCAGUUCCUUACAUAGUUGGGGUAAAGAACAAAACAAGCGAAGUUCAGUCGAAACUAACAAAUGUUAUCGUCGUGGAUGUUAUUAAAAACCAGGUUAAGUCACCAAGUAUUCCUCAGCUGCCUCAGUAUCGAGACUUAUAUAAUGCACUGAGUCCUUAUCACUCAAAGCUCGUUGGAGAAAGCUAUCUUGCAAAGAAAAGACCUGUAUAUGAAUGUACUGAUGUGCAGGUGGAAGCUGCAAAAGGCUUCCUGGAUGUCCUAAGGUUGUACCUGGAUUCUCUUUGCUCUAAUCUGCAGUCACACACUAUAACGAAUGUGCAGUCCAACAAUGAUAAGGUUUCACUUCUCCUAAAGGAAAGUUUCAUCGACUCGUUUCCUAGUCGUCAUCGCCCGUUCAUGAAGCUAUUCUUGGAUACACAACUCUUCUCUGUACAUACAGAUCUUGUUCUUUCCUUCAUCCAGAAGCUAUAGGACCUCUCUCUCACUACAUGUAUAAGUAAAAGCAUGUCUUGUUGGUGAGAGAAGUGCCAUCGACUCUUGUGUUAUUUGUAACUUGUUGUUUGAGAAAUAAUGUAUAUGGGAGAAAAGACCUCUCUAUGACUCUUUAUAGUAAACAAAAGUUUUAUUUGUACUA